ACGCAUGCGCAGGAAGUCCAACGCUAACAAAUUUCAAACUGGGCAGCGGGUAGAAAGACCUGGCAAGAAAAUACAAAGGAAUUAAAGGAUAUAACUAAAUAGUUAAAUAAUGACGAGCACACUGAAAGGUAUUACCCUGAAAGGAAGCGCUGAGCUUGUGGCCGAGUUUUUCUCAUUCGGUAUCAACAGCAUCCUGUACCAGCGAGGGAUCUACCCUCCGGAGACGUUCUCCCGAGUCACCCAGUAUGACAUGAGCCUUCAACUCACUACUGACACCAAGCUGAAGAGCUACCUGACCAACGUGGUAUCUCAACUCAAAGAGUGGCUGUUUGACUGCACAGUGCAGAAGCUGGUGCUGGUGAUCACAUGUCUGGAGACCAGCGAGGUGCUGGAAAGGUGGCAGUUUGACAUUGAGUGUGACAAGAGUGCCAAGGAGAUCAGUGCUCCCAGGGAGAAAUCCAUCAAGUCCAUCCAGGAUGAGAUUCGCUCAGUCAUCAGACAGAUCACCGCCACUGUCACCUUCCUACCCCUGCUGGAGACUGCCUGUGCCUUCGACCUCCUCGUCUACACCGACAAGGACCUGGAAGUGCCGGACAAGUGGGAGGAGUCAGGCCCCCAGAUCAUUGACCAGUCGGAGGAGGUUCGCCUGCGCUCCUUCACCACCUCCAUCCACAAGGUCAACAGCAUGGUGACCUACAAGAGGACCGACUCAGCCUAGAACCUGACCUCUAACCUACGACCCCCACUGUACAUAGUUAACUCUUAUGGUCUCCUCUCCCCUGCUGCGUACUAUAGGUAUGUUGGAGAUUGACUACAACGGAUCUACAAAUCAUACUCGGUCGUCAUUUAGGUGAUUUCACCAGGUGAUUUGUAGAUGAGUCAGUUUGCAAUCUCAAACGCACACAAUACAUAUGAAAACAGAAAUGUUACACAGCCUUCUUCUCCCUUCGCAACUCAUGUCUCUCAUGAUCUUUCUUUACGUACAGUGCCUUCGGAAAGUAUUCUGGCCCCUUAACUUUUUCCACGUUUUGUUACGUUACAGCCGUAUUCUAAAAUGGAUUCAAUGUUUUUUCACCUUCAUCAAUGUACACACAAUACCCCAUAAUGACAAAGCAAAAUAGUUUAAGCAUUUUCUUUUUUGCUGAUUUAUAACAAACUGAAAUACAUAAGUACUCAGACCCUUUACUCGGUACUUUGCUGAAGCACCUUUGGCAGCGAUUAGACUCGAGUCGUCUUGGGUAUGCCGCUACAAGCUUGGCACGCCUGUAUUUGGGGAGUUUCUCCCAUU